AGAAAAGGGCGGGUGGCUGAGGGGAUAGCCGGCGACCACGGGGUUGUCAUGGAGCCGUGGGGCCGGGUUCGCGCAUGCGCCAGCUCCCCCGCGGGGCCGGUCUUGGAGCGGCGACCCUGGCCCUAGGGCGGUCCAGAUGAGAAGUGCAGCGGUCAGGCUGCCGCCACCAGCCCACUGAACCAUGGAGAGGAAGAAUCCAGCCCGGGAUGGCCCCAGAAGACUCUCGGCCAAACUAGGCAAAGGCCCCGAGGUAAAGAAAGCUGCCCGUCCCCUCGGCAUGGCGGCCACCGAGUCAGACAAGGACUCCGGAUUUUCAGAUGGCAGCUCUGAGUGCCUGAGUUCCGCGGAGCAGAUGGAGUCCGAGGACGUGCUGAGUGCCCUGGGCUGGAGCAGAGAAGACAGGCGGAAGCCCAGCUCCAGGCCUGCGAGCCAUGCCUUCCCCACACUGUCCCCCAUGGUCGUCAUGAAAAACGUGCUGGUCAAACAGGGCAGCAGCUCAUCCCAGCUCCAGUCCUGGACAGUGCAGCCCCCCUUCGAGGUCAUCUCCGCACAGCCUCAGCUCCUGUUCCUUCAUCCUCCCGUCCCGUCUCCCAUCAGCCCAUGCCACACAGGGGAGAAGAAGGCUGACUCCAGGAACUACUUGCCCAUCCUGAAUUCUUAUACCAAAAUAGCCCCCCACCCAGGCAAAAGGGGCCGCUCCCGCAGCCCAGAAGAGAAAAGAGCGCGGGCAGCACAAAAGAAAGUCCACUCCGAGAGCCUGGCCCCCAGCCUGUCUUCCAGGGAGCCAGCCAAGGCUGGCACAGCACCUGCCAGCCCCCUGGCUCCGGCUCCACCCAGCACCAGGCUGGACGAGGACUCUGCUCCACAGGGGGUACCCUCCCUGGUGGCAGGUGGAAGUCCACAGACUCUGCAGCCCAUUUCCAGCACCCAUGUGGCUAAGGCUCCCAGCCUGACCUUUGCCUCCCCCGCCAGCCCAGUCUGCGCCUCUGACAGCACCCUCCAUGGGCUGGAAAGCAGCUCCCCGCUGUCCCCGCUGUCUGCCCACUACAGCUCACCGCUGUGGGCAGCGGAGCAGCUAUGCCGCAGCCCCGAGGUCUUCCCAGAGCAGCGGCAGAGCAGACACCGGCGCUUCCACAACACGCUGGUGGUCCUGCACAGGUCUGGCCUGCUAGAGAUCACCCUGAAGACCAAGGAGCUAAUCCGGCAGAACCAGGCCACGCAGGUGGAACUAGACCAGCUGAAGGAGCAAGCCCAGCUGCUGGUAGAGGCUGCCAAGAGCAGGGCUCCCGAGGCGUGGGCCAAGCUGCAGGCUUCCCUGAUGUCUGGGCCUACCCACGCCGGCGGCGACCCAGAUGUGUUCUCUGACCAUCCAGACAUAUAGCAUGGCCGACCAACUUUGCUGGAGUGGUUCUGUCACCCUCCAACUGGUACCUCCUUCUGCUGCCCAAAGCUUACAUAAGCCUGUCUGAACUGAAACUGUCUUGCAGUUCACUCUCGAAGCCACGUGCCCAUCCCAGGCCGCUGUCCUCACCUGUUGUCUCCACACAGGUGGCAGACAUCUUUGUUCUGCCAGGAACACCACUUACUCACGGUGCCCUUGGCUUCCAGGCGCUUAGCUGGGUCACAGGGUAAGCAGGAGAGAUGACUGGGAGUGAGGGCUCUUCUGGUUAUCGCCUCCCGGCGUCCCUCCCCAUCACUCAUGGGGCUUGAGGACAGACAUGUGGAAUGGGCCCUCCCCUUCAGUGUCUUAGUCACAGAGAACAUUAAGAAACAGGGUGUUUGCAUUCCACUAGGCACUGCGCCAGCUGGGUAAACCCUAAGAUGCCCUGGGCACAGGACACACCUGGGUACAAGCACUUAAUCACUAAGGCUUUGUUUUUGUCAACGUGAAUGUCAAGGGAGAAAGGGUAAUACUAUCUAACUCAGACACUUUAAUCUCAAGCAGAUUCUACUUCAACCUGUAUAAGCAAAAUAGCUCAGAUUUGUAAGACAGGAAAUGGGCCCAGGACCAUCAGGAAAUUGGAGUUGAUUAAUUCUUCUUUUCUUUUUUUAAACUUAGAGACAUGGCCAGCAUCUCUUGGUCAAAAGGGGCUGGAAGAUUCUGGUAACGUUAGGUCUUUCUUCUGUCUGCUUAGGUAACAGCACAGCCUCCUUUAGGUCUCAAGCUUAAGAGAGCCAUUGGUCCCUGAGGAUUGUGUAAGUUAACCUGUUGCCUCCCAGGAUUUUGUUUAUUUCCCCAUUUGUUUUUAAUGAAAGGAGUGAUCAUGAUGCCUGAAAAACUUGGAAUGAAAUAAACUUCUGAGGUUACAAUAAGA